CGAUGCGACCUAGAGAUCUAACAGGAAAUAAUUGUUACCAGUCUCGAUCAGCUGUGCCUUUUAAAAAUGGCGGUGAUCUUGGAACAUAUUUUGUCCAAAAAGCUGUCAAUUAAAGAAGUAUUGAACUGGUUGGUUGACGGAAAAUCUAAUAAUUCUGAAUUUGUUGAUCUGUUGAGGGAUACCAAACUGCAGACAGAAUUCCUACCAUACUUCAUCAAUAGCCUGAGAGAUCAGACGGCUCACCUAGUAUGCAGGGGAUCGUCUGCUGUUUCUUCUCCAGCAAGGACACCAAGCAGCUUACAAAAACUGAAAAGAGCCAGUCAAACACGUCCUCCACGCAGUGAAGGUUCAAAGGUCAAUCGUACACAACUGUUUGCUACUGGGAACCGCCAGUCCAGCUGGUCAGACAAAGAUUUCACCCCUGUUUCAAGAUUCCCAGCAGAAGAACAAUCGCCACAUACUCCACCAUCAAAGACGGAUGGAAGACAUGGGAGAAAAGUGUCUUGGAGCGGUGGUGAUACAGGCUCCAGGAGGAAGACCCCAGGAUCUGGAUCAAGGAAGGAUGAAUCUAUGACUCUAGCUCAGUUUUUGGUUACUCCUGAAAGCCAGUCAAGAGGAAGGGGCAGAAAGAGUCCUUUUGGAGAUUCCAACUGUGACAGUUCAUCUUCACAUAAAGGCUCAUCAAAUAAACGUCGCUCAGGAGGUAAAGGAAAGCAGAUGGGACAGAAUGAGAGCAGCGGCUCAAAAGGACAUAACAAACUGAAGUAUAUUGACAAACCUCCUGUGUUUGAUUUAGAAAAUGCCCUAGAAUUCCCUCCAAUGGGUGCUAAUACAACAAGAACAGUCACACCAAGGAGGAUAACUCCAACUGCAGUAUCUACCAGUAGCGGAGACAGGCGAAGAGUCACCACACUCCUUUCUCCAGCCUCUUCUUGCCAGGGUCAAAAUCCCCAGACCAAUGCCUUUAACCCGCCUGUCAGUCAGACCACAGCAACUAAAAGAGACACUUACGAAAUGAAAAAAUCUCUCGAAAGCGAGAGGGAGUUGCUGAAGCAGGAAAAGAUGAAACAGAAAACUCAACCAGAAAGUAGUCCAUUUUCUCCAAAUGCAUUAGGACAGUCCCCAAGAGGAAUGUCUAUUUUUCAGUCUCCAAAGGGUACAACCUUGGCUCACACUCCAACCAAACUUAUGCGCAGUAAUUCAGUUUCAAGCAUGACAGAGGCAAUACCACCUGAUGUGGAAAAAGUUACAAGGCAUGACAAACUGGACCUCAUAGCAGAACUCUAUGCAUCAUUUCUGCAAGAAAGCCUUGUGCCAAAUUUGGCUGUGGAAUUAUACUUCCUGAUUCAGCUUUUGACGGCUAAGGGUAGUAAACUUGAUGAAGAUGAUGGUAUACAUUCACUGGAAGAUGAUAUCGAAGACAUUAAUUAUCUCUCAACAAUCCAUAAUUGUGUGUACUUUGCUGCAGCAGUGCUUGGCAGGCUGGUUGUAGUGCUAUCUCUGCUUGACAAGAGCACCUUGCGCCUCUUGGCAGACAGCUCAGUGGUCUCUCAGUUCAAUCCCGAGCUGAAGACUAGGCUUGAACAGGUCACCAAACAUUGCCCAUUGGAGUCUGGACUUCAAGCUGCAAUCACAUCCCCCAUGCAGGUUGUUCCUUUCUUGGCUGAUACAGACAACAGACAGAACUUCCCUAGUGAUACUUCCUUCCACAGCUUCAAGAAACAGAGAGAUGGAUUCUACAGCUUGGUUCGAGACUGGGAAGAUAAUCACAAUAAACCAGGCUGGAAGCUGCAAGAUAAACUGACUCACAAGAUCAGGGAUUUAAUGAAACAUAUGGAUGUGACAAACUACACUCACUUCUCAAGGCUGUUUCAGUCACAAUUGAUCAAGAUGUGCCAAGGUGAUAGUUCUGUGGUCGAUAGCGGAGAUUCUCAGGAAUUCAGUUUCAUCCAGCAGCUCAGGAGAACGAAUCCAGGAAAAUUCAAAAGGUUAGAGGAGCGUUUCUCUACCCCCACGUCAUCCGGUGGUCCAUGUCCACCUCCUUCAUUCCAAGGUUGUCAAGAAUUCUUUAGAGAUUUCAUCCUAGCUACAAACAGUUACACAUUCAACCAACAUUUGAUGGACAGCUUUUCAACUAAGCUCAUUGAGCUGAAUGACUUACAACUUCCAAUUGCUGAUCAGGUUGAUAUGAAUUCUGUCGUUGAUGCGGAGGCAAGAGAAAGCUUCAGUUCCUGUUUGUUAUCUCUUCGGGUGUUGUCCAAGUUCUUGGGGUUCCUAGUCUUUUUACCAUACCAAGGUGAUGGUCAUCUACCUGAUAUCAUGAAAGAUAAUGUCAUCUCAAUGAGGAGUAGGGCACCUCUUACAGUUGACAUUCUAGGGUGUCUGUCUCUAUCGGACUCGAAGCAGCGUUUGAUCCUGACUUUACCAUGGGUUGUAGAGUAUCUGAGUAUGAUGGAUGGUUUGGCAUCUCAGAUACCAGUUUAUCACCAAACACUCAGUUUACUAGGAGAUAUUCACAAGAGAGUGUCUGUACAAUGGUCUGAGAAUCCUGACAACCAUAAUUCACUUCUUAUUCUUCUUCUGUUAGGAUGGCUGUUUGAGAACCCAGCUCUGCCCAGUAAUCUACAUCUGACGAGCGGUGUGAGUGUUGAUAGAGAUAAUCGUAGUACUAAGCCAGGAUCUGACCAGUCUUUAGACCCCCUUCCUCUGGUUGAUAGGCAUGUACUUUAUACAUGCUGCCCCUUCUUAGGUGAUUUGAGAGGACUAUUAUCUGAGGCUAGUAUGGGAAUGAAUAAUAGGAAUGCCCCGGUCAAGAAGAUUACUCCUAUAGCAGUGGAUGUACCACAGACAGCCAUUAUCACUCAACAUCAAAUACAGGUUGAACUUGAGAAGAAUUUCUUCCACAUCCAUUCUGCUUCCCUGAAGAAGAGCGUUGAGUUUGUGAGUGGGCGUGUGGCCUCCAACUGCAUCAAGUACAUUGAUGGAUCGCUAGUCUCUUCAGCCAGGCUCCAGAUCCCAAACCUAUUAACUGACAUGUUAGUUUCAUCCAGUAGCAAGAAAGAGACUGGGGUUGUGGCAGGCAAGGCUAAGGGGGUUGGAGAGAAACUGAGUGUAGAGAUUGCAGAUAAUGCCAAGAAAGUAGCAAAAGAGUUUAUCAAGAAGCGAAGUAGAUCAGCUCUUGAUGUGUUGUUACCCUGUGAUACAUCAGAAUCAGUAUUGGAUACUGCUUGUGCUAUCACCACUAGACUUGCCUUAGAACGAACAGAGAAAUGGAUUACUACACAAAUACCAAGUGCUUUACAACAGGAGGUGACGUUGCAGCUACCCAAGUGCCUCAGAGCUCAGAGUACCCAACAAACCAAGAAAGAAUCAACCAAUAGGAAGAUACCUGACAAACCAGCUUCCCAUGACAGACAGGGGGCAUGUCCUUCAGCUGUCAUUCAAGAACUCAAGGACUGUGUGCAUCAAGUGUUAAUUGGAGACACUAAUGGCUACACUGCGGAAAGUAUAUCUUCAUCCAUUAAUAGCGUUCAGCUUAUGAUCAACAACAGACAGGAUCUUACCCCAUUGGCAUACCAAGCUAUCCAUCAACUCACAGUAGAACUUUGUGUAGGCUUGGCUACAAGACAACCAACUCUUCUUCAGACUUCAGUCUGUAGUUCACCAACAGUCUCUCAAAGGGAAAGCUCUAGUGUUCAGUCAAUGGACAGUCAUUUAAUUGACAAGAACUGUAGCAGUAGCAGCAUAAUUGAUACAGAGAAUGUCAAAGAAAAAUGUAAGGACUUGGUUUAUUCCACACAAGGAUUAGUUGAAGGGAAGCAGUGCAAUAACAAUGAGAGUGGUUCGCUCUCACAUCUUGGAGGUAGUGGGCAAGUCAUUAAGUGCAAUAUGGAGGAAAAACAGAGUAUGGAGGAAGGAGUUUUCACCAGUCUCAUUCAUGGACAUACAAGUACUGGUAACAAUGUUCGAAGUAAAGGAGAUGUACAUGAAGGUGAAGAGAAGGAAAGAGAUGUGACUUUACACCAGUCUGAUACGCUGUUAGAAAGACUGCUGAGUUUGUGGAAGGAUGAUUUUUCUUUGAGUAUUUCACCAGGAGCCAUGUUGAGUGCUAGGACAGCUUGGAUGAUAUCACGUAGUGAUGACCCACAGGUAUCCUGGCAUUGCUUAAUCAGUGUUGUCAAGUCCCUUCUUGAGUGCAAUCUGGUCAGUAUUGGGGCUGUCCAAUCGGCUUUGAGCAAGAUGAUGAUGUCAUCAUACAUUCCACCAAUCACAGAGGAUUUAGCAAGAAGUCUAUUAACUCUGGUUAAAGAUGAUGAAAUUGGAAAAGAUGAGAAUGCUUUGGAUGUGUUGAGGGCAGUUUGCACAGAAGCAAGGGAGAAUGAAGAUUCCUACAGCUGAUGAAUGCCACUGUGGGAGUACAUUAAAGACCAGUGCCAAUCUAACAAAAUAAUAUUUUAAUGAAUUUUAAGAGUGUUGAACAAUCGCAGGACUAAAAGUAUUGAUGUUAAAUAGGAACAGUUUAAAUUUUUUUAAAUUUCUUCUAUUUCAAAUUUUAUUUGCACCAUACAGGCUUUAUGGAAAUGUUGGAGCCAAUAAUGUAACUCAUCAAUCACUUUGCCUUUUGUAUCAUUUUAAAUGGAUUACUCUGCCAAGAGUCUUUGUUUUUCACAUAUUGAUUUUCAUGAAAAUAAUAUUUUGCUCUAUUUAUUCAAAACAACUUGUAGUUGACUGGACUACACUGCAUUUUAGGACCUUACCAUUCAUGGAUAUAUAUUUUCAUAGAUCCCAUUCAUUUUGUAUUCAGAAAAUCAUCUUCAUCGGGGGGGGGGGGGGGGGGGU